AUUAUUAUCGAGUUUUGUUCUCUUGUGUAACUGAUGUACAUUUGGACUGUAUUGAUGAGAAUUUUAAAUUAAAACCUGACAUACAUUACGUUGAUUCAGCAUUUAAAUAAAGUAACUUCGAAAAUUUGAAAUGUACGUAUGGAUCUCCCACUCUCUUUUGGAGAAAGAAAAUUGCGAACGAAUUCACGUGUUACCUUUAAUCGUGGAAUGGAAGUUACAGUUCGCUUUUCUAAUCUCUAUUGCUCGCGGACUGCAGAUCAACAAAACAGUGAAAAAUGAAAUGGCCCUAAACACAUCAUCAUGGCUGAAUCAAUGCUUUGUGGAGAAGAUUCUGCGAAAAUCGGAAAGCGACAAUUCAAUUCAAGUGAUCGAUAUAUUCUCGAAUCCGGGCUCAAAUAAGGGUGACAACUAUCUCUGUGAUAUUAUUAGGAUUACUGCUGAAUUUUCGCGUGAACAAAGCGGUCAUAAGAUUGUGGAAAAGAAAUCAAUAAUCGUUAAAGUUUCGCCAACAUCCGAAAGUAUUCGAUAUAAUAUU